UUGACGGUGCGAUCGUAAACAAAGAAAAUAGGUUGAAGUUGACAAGUGCGAAAACAUUGUUGAAUUUUUAAUGACCAGAGCGCCUCGGAACCGGAACAAGUUGUGUUUUUUCGCCUUUGCUGAUGGAAGAUAAGAAAGAAUAUAGAUAACGAGAUUAUCUGAAGAGCUUUUGGACGACAGAACUGACACCAAGACAUGUAAAAAAAAUUCAUCGUCAUGCUGUUACGGUGUAUUCUGAUUACCUUUCUCGAUUCUUUGACAAUACUUUCUUCGAUGACAUUUGUUGAGACUGCAAUGGUUUUAAAGAAAAGUCCAAUCAAGAGAAGUAUUGGAAAGAAACAAAAAGUAACACAUGUGGAUUAUGUGUUGUCGCAAAGAAAUGAAAUUGUAGGUGAGCAGACACGAGUCCCGGGUAGGAUACAACUACGCACAAAGCGCCAUCAAUCGUUUACUUCACCGUACGGUAGCACGAACAAAUCUAACUCUCUAAAGAAAAGACUGAAGAAAGAUAACGAAGUUCAAAAAUCUGUUAGUUUUAACAAGAGGGACUUCUAUUUCGCGCCGGCUCCUCCUUACGAACCGAUGUCAAGGCCCGUUGACCGAAGGAUGUUUCUGGUUCAUCGAGGAGAGAGAGGACCAUGUUUUUUUCAUGCCUGCCACCAUGGAGGAAUGUGCGUUCCAAGGCGCCAUGGUUUUUAUUGCGAGUGUCUGCCGGGUUUCAUUGGAACAAGAUGCGAAGUUAAAAAAGAGUGCAGACCUUCAACAUGUAAAAAUGGAGGAACAUGUACCGAAAUAGCCGUUGGAAGACAUCUAUGUACGUGCCCUGUGGGGUUUCUUGGAGAAAAUUGUGAAGCACGAAGCUUUUGCCAUCCAAGCCCUUGUCGUAAUGACGGCACAUGUAGCGAGUCCGAAGAUUCAUAUACGUGUGUAUGUCCAGAAGGAUUUAAAGGGAAAAAUUGUGAAAUUGACAACAAGUGCCUGCCAAAUCCGUGCAAGAAUGAUGGUGUAUGCUUUGAAAUGGGUAAUAGUUAUAUCUGCAAUUGCCCUCAAGGAUUUAAAGGAAAGACCUGUGAAGUAAUCAGCGAGUGUAACUCUGUUUAUUGUCUGAAUGGAGGAACAUGCAGGGAUGAGAGCUCGGGCUACAGGUGUGAGUGUCGCUUUGGAUUUUAUGGAAAGCGAUGUGAAGCCUCUGCAUGCCACCCUAGUCCUUGUCAUAAUGAUGGUGUUUGUCUAAGAUUUGGUAAUCAAUACUCCUGCCAGUGCAAACAAGGCUUCUCUGGAAAGAGGUGUAAAGUCACAAGACCAUGCUCUCUUGGCAUCUGCUUAAAUGGAGGUACAUGCGUAGAUGGACCAUACACGAAUAGUAAAUAUGGAUUUGCAUGUGUGUGUCAGCAAGGGUUUGACGGUAUCGCGUGUGAAAAACGCCUUCCGGACAGCUUUAGAGAAAGACUUGCCAUUUUGUAAAUUGGAAAUUAUCUGCAACGUAGUAAGUCGUCAAAUCUCAAAUACGUGAUUGACAUUGUUAAUAAAGUAAUUUUUACUUUGUGAAAGUAACUCUUGCAACCCUCUGCUUGGCCGGCUGGUAAACAAAUCAUUUUCACUGACUGUUGGUUGUAAUUUCCACAUGAUUUAACAUGAAGAUGACAUAUUCAGAGUGAGGGACGCCCGCUUUAAAAAAAAAAAAACACUCUAUUGGUGUCAUUGCUUCUUAGAAAGAAGAAAAGAGUACUCAAACGCUUGUAAACAAAAUUGUUCGCCAACUGACUGUCGCGAAAGUAAAAAGUAGAAAACAAUAGACAGAAAUAUAUUUGAAGAGAAACAGAUGUAACAAAUCAAUUAGAUGUUCGCGUUAUUUGUAUCGAAUCAGUGUUUACACGAAUUAACAGAAUACUAAUGAGCGCUGGAAAAUGGUUCAUUCUAAGGAAGAUCUGAAUAAAGAAAGGAUUUUAGAGAUUAAAAGUAAAUGAGAUUUUAAUAAGCUAUCAAAUAUCUAAUAUUUAAACAUGCAAUGAAAAUCUGUCCAAAAUGAAACAAAAUAUAUUUUUUUACUAAACCACUAGACUCCAAUCUUUACAAAUUUCUUUCUUUCUUUCUUUUUUUGAGAU